CAGACUGUCCUUCCUCUCUGGACUGUGAGAAUAUGUCUCCAGAGCCAGUGUCUUCUGAGAGUGAGUCUCACCUUCCAAGUCCUGAUAUCUCAUUACGUCUGAGAAGUGACCUGCACUAAGUCAAAACUGAGAACACAGGCGAGUUCCAGGGAGAGGAAACCAUGGCUGCAGUGAUACUGGAGAGCAUCUUUCUGAAGCGCUCCCAACAGAAAAAGAAAACAUCCCCAUUAAACUUUAAGAAACGCCUAUUUCUCUUGACUGUGCACAAACUUUCUUACUAUGAGUAUGACUUUGAACGUGGGAAAAAAGGCAGUAAGAAAGGUUCAAUAGAUGUCGAGAAGAUCACCUGCGUUGAGACAGUAGUUCCUGAAAAAAAUCCUCCACCCGAAAGACAGAUUCCGAGGAGGAGUGAAGAGCUCAGUGAAAUGGAACAGAUUACAAUCAUUGAAAGGUUCCCGUACCCAUUCCAGGUUGUAUAUGAUGAAGGACCCCUCUAUGUUUUCUCCCCAACUGAAGAGCUGAGAAAGCGUUGGAUUCACCACCUCAAAAAUGUAAUCCGGUAUAAUAGUGACCUUGUACAGAAAUACCAUCCUUGCUUCUGGAUUGAUGGACAGUAUCUCUGCUGCUCUCAGACAGCCAAGAAUGCUAUGGGCUGCCAAAUUUUGGAGAACAGGAAUGGAAGCUUAAAACCUGGGAGUUCUCAUCGAAAAACGAAAAAGCCUCUUCCCCCUACCCCAGAGGAAGAUCAGAUCUUGAAAAAACCACUCCCCCCUGAGCCAACAGCAGCGCCAAUCUCCCCAAGGGAGCUGAAAAAGGUUGUGGCCCUUUAUGAUUAUAUGCCAAUGAAUGCAAAUGACUUACAAUUGCGAAAGGGUGAGGAGUACUUUAUCCUGGAGGAGAGCAACCUACCAUGGUGGCGAGCACGAGAUAAAAAUGGGCAGGAAGGCUACAUCCCUAGUAACUAUGUCACUGAAGCAGAGGACUCCAUAGAGAUGUAUGAGUGGUAUUCCAAGCACAUGACCCGAAGUCAAGCUGAGCAACUGCUAAAGCAAGAGGGAAAAGAAGGAGGUUUCAUUGUCAGAGACUCCAGCAAAGCUGGAAAAUACACGGUGUCUGUGUUUGCUAAAUCUGCAGGGGAUCCUCAAGGGGUGAUACGUCAUUACGUUGUGUGUUCCACACCUCAGAGUCAGUAUUACUUGGCUGAGAAACACCUUUUUAGCACCAUCCCAGAGCUCAUCAACUACCAUCAACAUAAUUCUGCAGGACUCAUAUCCAGGCUGAAAUAUCCUGUGUCUAAACGAAACAAAAACGCUCCUUCUACUGCAGGCCUGGGCUAUGGAUCAUGGGAAAUUGAUCCAAAGGACCUGACCUUCUUGAAGGAGCUUGGGACUGGACAAUUUGGUGUAGUGAAAUAUGGGAAAUGGAGGGGACAAUAUGAUGUGGCCAUCAAGAUGAUCAGAGAAGGCUCCAUGUCUGAGGAUGAAUUCAUUGAAGAAGCCAAAGUUAUGAUGAAUCUUUCCCACGAGAAGCUCGUGCAGUUGUACGGAGUCUGCACCAAACAGCGCCCUAUCUUCAUCAUCACUGAGUACAUGGCUAAUGGCUGCCUCUUGAACUACCUGAGGGAGAUGCGGCACCGCUUCCAGACUCAGCAACUGCUGGAGAUGUGCAAAGAUGUCUGUGAAGCAAUGGAGUACCUGGAGUCAAAGCAGUUCCUUCACCGAGACCUGGCGGCUCGAAACUGUUUGGUAAAUGAUCAAGGAGUUGUGAAAGUAUCCGACUUUGGCUUGUCUAGGUAUGUCCUGGAUGAUGAAUACACCAGUUCAGUAGGUUCUAAAUUUCCAGUCCGGUGGUCUCCACCAGAAGUGCUCAUGUAUAGCAAGUUCAGCAGCAAAUCUGACAUUUGGGCUUUUGGGGUUUUAAUGUGGGAAAUUUACUCCCUGGGGAAAAUGCCAUAUGAGAGAUUUACUAACAGUGAGACAGCAGAACACAUUGCUCAAGGCUUACGUCUAUACAGGCCUCAUCUGGCAUCAGAGAGAGUAUAUACCAUCAUGUACAGCUGCUGGCAUGAGAAAGCAGAUGAACGCCCUAGUUUCAAAACUCUCUUGAGUAACAUUCUAGAUGUCAUGGAUGAAGAAUCCUGACCUGGUUGAGAAGCUUCAUGAAUCUACUCCUUUCUCCUUCAAGAGAGAGGCUUUUCCACUUUUCCUGAGGUGGCUCCAGGCUCCCAGGCUCUGUAGCCUUCCAGGCUCCUACUGAAUACAUAAAGGCCCCAGUACAUCUCGGAAUGCCUUUCUUCUUUCAGUCCUCGGCAUAAUGCUUCUGAGAAAAGGCCAAGGAAUUUCUGUGCCUGGUAUUACCCAUAACUUCAAGACUCCUAACAGAUUGAAUUUGGGAUGGGAACAUUUGGGGGGAGGGAAAGAUGUAAAUAGCUCCACUAGUUGUCCAAGAGCUUGUUGGUUAAGUGUUAUGAGUUUGUUCGGGGGAGGGGGGGAGGCAGGACAUACGGGAACGGUGCCAUCAAGAUGGGAGUGUUUGUUUUGAUAUAAUAAAAUUACUUGAAAGAGUGAAGGAAUCUCCUAUUUUAAUUCAGCACGCAGCAGCCCAAAGCUCCCUGUCUGAAAAUUGUAGAAAGUCGUGUGUCAUUAGUUUGGUGUAUUCCUAAUCUAGAACCCACAUUACACCCUUCUUUCUCUUGUUUAAAGCUUGCCCCCGAGUUCUAAAUGAAUUCUCAAACCUUGCACUGUACUUGGCACACCGUAGAUGCAUAAUAUCAUUUGAAUAAAUCUUAAAAUUAGGAACAGAAUCAGCCAG